AUCUUAGGGCCAGUUCCUAGCUUCCCCCGCCGGCUGUAGGAUUUGGUGGGGAUCCGAUGCCCGCUCCACCCCCUGGAGCGGGGAUCCCCAUGGGUCCCCAAGUCCGUCUCCACGGCCCGUGUCCCAGAAUGCACCGCCGACGGCCAGUUCUGUCUCCGGAAGGGGAGACCUGAGUAGCGAUGCUGUCCCAAGAUAUAUUGCUGUUCUUGAACAUCGUCCUAUUUGAAAACACCAGGGAAGCUGAGCUACCAGUAUGUCCAAGCACAGACUUGUUAUGCUAAGACAUGGAGAGGGUGCUUGGAAUAAGGAGAACCGAUUUUGUAGCUGGGUGGAUCAGAAACUUAGCAGCGAAGGAUUGGAGGAAGCUCGGAACUGUGGGAAGCAACUCAAAGCACUAAACUUUGAGUUUGAUCUUGUCUUCACAUCUGUUCUUAACCGGUCCAUCCACACAGCCUGGCUGAUCCUGGAAGAGCUGGGGCAGGAAUGGGUUCCUGUAGAAAGCUCUUGGCGUCUGAAUGAGCGCCACUAUGGAGCCUUGAUUGGGCUCAACAGGGAGAAAAUGGCUUUGAAUCAUGGUGAAGAACAAGUGAGGCUCUGGAGAAGAAGCUACAGUGUGACCCCACCUCCCAUUGAGGAGUCUCAUCCCUACUACCAUGAGAUCUACAGUGACCGGCGGUAUAAAGUGUGUGAUGUGUCCUUGGAGCAGCUGCCGCGCUCAGAAAGCUUAAAGGAUGUUCUGGAGAGACUCCUUCCCUACUGGAAGGAAAGGAUUGCUCCUGAAGUAUUGAAAGGCAAAACCAUUCUGAUAUCAGCUCAUGGAAAUAGCAGCAGAGCCCUCCUGAAACAUCUGCAAGGUAUCUCAGAUGAUGAUAUCAUCAACAUCACUCUCCCCACUGGAGUCCCAAUUCUUUUGGAGUUGGACGAGAACCUGCGUGCUGUUGGGCCUCACCGGUUCCUGGGUGAUCAGAUGGCCAUCCAGGAAGCCAUUAAGAAAGUGGAGGAACAAGGAAAAGUGAAACAAGCCAAAAAGUAAAGUGUUUCCCACGCUGUCCAGGAAUCAGUGCAGAAGAGUGAUGUGCAGUGUGGGGCUGGUGCUGAUUUCUCACUUUCCCCAAUUCUCCCUGUUUUUCCUCAAGGUUAGGCUGUGUGGUAGAGUUUAUGUAGUUAACUAGGUAAUUUAUUAUGGCCCAGGUAGGGCUUGAGGAUGCUGAAGUGCUGACGUCAUCAUCCGCCUCAGAAUUAGCUUUCCUGUUGGUCCUGUUUGAAUUAAGUCCCCAGACUAGUAAUCAGUGGGGUUUGAUCAAGGUUGUGUUAUGAAUUUCAGAGACAGGAGAGUAACAAGUGGGGAUGAAAUUGAAAGUGACCAUCUUUUAACAACUCAUCGUUGAGUCACCACUGACAGGCAUUAUUCCAAUAAGACGUUCACUUUUUUAAUUUAAUAAUACUUUCUGAGAUGCAUAAAGAAUGUGAGGUAGUGCUUUGAUAGUUAAGACUGGAGACCUAUGAAAUGGGAAAGUCACAGAUAAGUUCCCUGAGGAAGGCCACCAACCACCACCCUUGAACUUUGCCCAGUCCAGAGCCAUCCUCUGUUUGCCGUCCGUACAGUUCCUCUUCUGCUGUAAGAAGGAGCGGGGCAUACACAGCUGCACACAUUUGUUUUCCUUCUGUGUUUCCAGUUUUUGAACUUUAAUCUUUGGGUACCUAUAGUUGGUUUAAAAUAAAAUUCUGUGACUGCAAAUGACAUCCCCAAA